AUGGGAUACGCUGAGGAGCGGUGGUGUUCGGAGCAUUCUGCCUCUGCAAGUCAACCCUCGUUGGCAUCUUCACAGCAUGCAUCUGCAAUCCCCGAGCCAUAUUACUACCUCGGAUACUUUCCAAGCGAAGAUCAACUCUCCUUCUACCUGGACAUACAACAGGAGGGUAUGUCGGCGCUGUCUGGUGGUGACGCGAUGGCAAAACACCCAUCGGACACUUUGUGGAAAGGGGGGUAUGGGCCAGCGAGCUCUGGCGGCGAGAGCGACGAGGCGACCCAAGACAGGACGCCGUUAUAUUCGGUUCCGACUUCAACUCACGACACAUGUCGAGCCAAGUAUCAUAUGAAGGAGCUCGGAACCUUUGCUAGGCGGGUGGAAGAGGCAGCACUAAGAGCCUUCCCCAAUCGUGGCCGGUCACGGUACAAGCAAGUAAUUGCAGUGCUGAUACAAUGGGGUGACGAUAAUUCGACUGUGCAGCCGGAAAUCGAUCGAAUGCGAACAAUCCUGGAAGCGUGCUAUGGCUUCUAUACCCAUCUAUGGCACAUUCCUUCCACGGCUUCCCAUCUAAAACUUAUGAGCAUGGCGUUGCAAUUUGUACAAGAUUACGGGACCAGCGACAAUCUACUGGUUGUGUAUUAUGGUGGCCCUUCUGUGAUCAGCAAUUCUGGACAAUCAACCUGGAUGUACGGGCAAGACCCUUUCACACCCUCCGUUAACUGGUCCGCUAUCCAAAGCCUUUUCGAAGAGAGUAGAUCUGAUGUCUUGUUCUUGUUAGACUGUUGUGCUACACGCGGUCUAGCAAGAGGAGGAAGCCACGGGGUUAUAGAAACCAUUGCCGCCUGUGAAUCGGAACCGUGGGUUGGAGGCCCCGGUAGAAACUUAUUCACCAAUGCCCUCAUCAGCGUACUCGAAGAUUGGGUAACCAGACCAUCUUUUACCGCUGCCAUGCUUCACAGCGAAGUUCUUGCCGCAAUGAAGACUGAACAACCGGCGAGGAGGGAAUGGACGGACUUACAAGAUAUCCGAGAUCGCAAAACCCCAAUCUACUUGCUCGAUUCGAUUGACCCAAAAGCCUUAAGCAUUGAACUCGCUACAAGGAGGAUAGUAAAUGGCCGUGCAAGUGCCAAUUUUAGCUGGCCUGGAGUAGUUCUCUCCCCCUCGAACCCUUCCCCUGUCUUCUCUAAAUUCGACAUCUACAACCCCGCAAAUCUUCUCAGGACCCUCAAAAAUGGCCACUUGCAAAUUCCACAUGUGCUUAUAUCUGUCGCUCUAGAAGAACACCAGUCCUCGGAUUUUGAGGCUUGGUAUCGCUGGAUCCGGCAGGUCCCUGGGCUGGCGAACUAUGCCGUCGUCGAAGGGAUCUACAAAAGCCAUUCCACCAUGCUACUUGUCUCAAUCCCGCUUCUGAUAUGGGAUAUGCUCCCAGAUGACCAUGCUGUGAGCUUUGUUGGAUAUGUGCAGUCAAGGAACCUGCUAGCUGCUGAGUCGGUAGAAGAUUUUCAACGCUUGGCUGGUGUAAAAGAAACAGUUAGUCGUCCAGAAUCCCAACGGAAAUCCACGAAAGCAUACUCCACACCAUCUCCUAUUCCCACUGAAAAGCAAGCCAAUGGGAUGGUAAGGGGUACCCAGAGCCCAGAGCCUGCGCUCGAAUCAGCCACUCUCAUCAAAAUCACUACUCUGUCCGCAGAGAAGCCAAGCUAUGACCCAAAGCAGGUGGCUGGGACUUCGUCUGAAUCUAACCGCAGAUUCUCAAAAAUGGAGGACCCACCACAGUUCGAUAGUUUUGCAAUCGACGCGCCGGGUAACCAUCGGACGCUAGCAGCUAAAGAUUUAGAUCCAAGUCGCCGAUCAGCAAAGCCUGACGCCCAAGUCCAAGCCGAAAUUUUCGGAACAGGGAAGCUUAUUAAGGACCUCAUGCAAGAGGCCAAGCUGGCACGUGAAGAAGCAAGCCGUGCCUGGGAUGAACUCGGGAAACGAGAGAAAGAAGAGCGAGAUAAGCUUUCUAAACUGCGAGAGGGUAAAUCCGUCUUCGUCGGCCCCUUUCAAGUCAGCGCGGUGGAUGAGCGGGCAGCACCUCCCGACAUGAGCUCGAAAGCAGCAGCUAUCCUAGGCACAAUCUUAAGCCCGAGAGAAGCUAUGCAGCAGCAUAAGCGGUCGAAGAGCGAACCCAGGAAUGCGAAGGUAGGGAAUAACAAGGCAGUAUAUUCUGGUGAGCAUAAAGCGAAUAUACCGUACGGUGCACCUCCGCCGCCGAACCCGGAGCCGAAGGCCAUUGUUCUUAAUGGCCACCCUUCCACGUUCCGCGACCCGGAUCCAGGGGCUCUGAGGACCAUGAUGUCGUUUGAACCCUCCGAGGAGACACUCUUGAAAGAGGAGAUGCGCUCUGCUCGGUUACCGAAUCGACAGGAUCUCGAAACGGCGUAUACCUUUCUUGAUGAUGAAGAUAUGCAUGAAGUAGGAAAGGGACUUGGGAAUGGGUAUGGAUCUGGAGCGGAUCCUGCAGUACCGCGGAGGAAGGGCAGUAAGCUGGUGAAGAAACCGCGGGACUUCAGCGGAGAGCGCGUGAGGAGGAGUGUGGACGAAAGACUGGGAAUUGAUUAUCCAAUUUUACGCUGCGUGACAUGA